AUGCCUCAGCAGCGGGCAGCAAAUAGCACGCGGCCGUUCCGCGCUGCACGUCACACUCGCGAUCCGGCCAAGGCGUCCACAGAGUUUUCUCGCGGGGUGCUCACGGCGCAUGCAGCCCUCCCUGGUCUCGAGCUUGAGCUGGCAGCGCAGCGUAGCCAGAAUGAAGACGGCCGUGGUCGACGACGGACGCCGAACAUGGCAUCUGCUGCCGACAGGAUCGCGACGCCGCAUGCGAACGAGCACCCGCGGUCGAGUCGCGCGUCUCUAUCCGACCUCGGAGCUCGCUUACCGUCAAACGCCGACGAGGAUGAAGACGCUGCGAACCUGCAAACCGUGCCGCUGCGGUAG